CUCUCUCUCUGCCCUUUGCCUCUGAUCAUAACCACCAGCCUUAGUGCUUAUUAGUAUUUUUAAAUUUCCACACACACACACAGGAGGGUGGCGAAGCAACCGAGGUGACGGUGGAGCAGGUGGUGGUGGAGGAGGAGGUGGAGCUCCAGCUGCAACCUGCUAAACCUCUCUUAUUUUAUUGUCUUCUAUUUCUUUAUCGUUUCUUUCAUCACUCCCCUGUUCCUCUCCCUCCUCUGUUUGUGUGCCUGUGUUUUUUGCUUCCCAAGUAUAGUAGCAAUCUAAGUAGCAGGAGAGAAGAGAGGAGAAGAGAAGUGAAGAGAAGAGAAAAGAGAACCGAGGUUGUGUGGGCAGGAGACCCGAUGCAAACGCGUGAAGUGAGGCUUGGGUUUUGAUGCAAUGUCGAUGCCCAGCUCGAGGCAACAACACCACCUCCAAAAACCACCACCACCACCACCAGCCUCCUCUUACAUCCAUAACAAAAUUCACAGACGCCCCACCUUCGUUGGUACCAUCUUUGUCAUCGUCUCAAUUGCAUUAGCAUUUCACGUUGGAUCAUCAGAAGCCGCCCCCAACCAUGAAGGACUCGCACUGCUCUCAUGGAUAAACGAUGCUUCUACAGUAGCCUCUGCAUUCCCCGAUUGGAACCCACAUGACCCAAACCCUUGUAACUGGACUUACAUCACUUGCUCUGCUCAUGGCUUCGUCACCCAUAUUACCAUCAAAUCCAUCCAGCUCGCCCUCCACGUCCCUUCCAAUCUACCCUCCUUCGCUUUCCUCGAACAGAUUAUUAUCUCCGACGCUAACCUCACCGGAACUAUCCCCGUCGAUAUUGGAAACUGCCCUUCACUCACAGUCCUCGACCUCAGCUCCAACAGUCUCGUGGGUAGCAUUCCUGCAAGUAUUGGUAAGCUCAGGAACCUCCAAGACUUAAUCUUGAACUCCAACCAGCUCACAGGCAAGAUUCCAGCCGAGAUUGGGAACUGCAUUAGCCUUCAAAAUCUUCUUCUUUUAGAUAACCGUCUUGGGGGUUCUCUGCCACCGGAGCUCGGAAAACUGUCUAGCCUGCAAGUCCUUCGUGCCGGAGGGAACAAAAAUGUCGUCGGAAAAAUCCCAGAUGAAAUCGGUGACUGCGGAAACCUAACUGUAUUGGGUCUCGCAGACACCCAAAUUUCUGGGUCGUUGCCUGCUUCAUUGGGUAAGCUCAGCAAGCUCCAGACUCUCUCUAUUUAUACUGCCAUGCUCUACGGUAAGAUUCCAGCGGAGAUUGGGAAGUGCUCUGAGCUUGUGAAUCUGUAUCUCUAUGAGAACUCCCUCACCGGUUCACUUCCGCCGGAGCUCGGCAACCUUGGGAAGCUGGAGAGGUUGUUUCUAUGGCAGAACGACUUCGUUGGGGAGAUUCCGGAUGAUAUUGGUAACUGUAGCAGCUUGAUUAUGCUCGACCUUUCCAUCAAUUCUUUCUCUGGAAGCAUUCCUUCCUCUCUUGGGCGUCUCUCUGCGCUGGAAGAGCUGAUGUUGAGCAACAAUAACAUCUCUGGUUCAAUGCCCUCUGUUCUCUCCUCUGCUACGAGUCUUGUACAGUUGCAACUCGAUACCAACCAAAUCUCGGGUUUGAUUCCACCAGAGCUAGGCAUGUUGACGAAUCUGAACGUCUUCUUCGCUUGGCAAAACCAGCUUGAGGGUAGCAUUCCAUCCAGAUUGGCGAGUUGCAGUAGCCUUCAAUUGCUUGAUUUGUCUCACAAUGCACUCACUGGGAUCAUUCCUCCCGGUUUGUUUCAUCUUCAGAAUCUAACCAAGCUACUCUUGAUAGCUAAUGACAUAUCCGGUUCGAUUCCGCCGGAGGUGGCUAACUGCAAGUCUCUUGUUCGGUUACGGCUUGGGAACAAUAGGAUCGGCGGAGAGAUCCCAAAGGAGAUUGGGGGUCUUAGGAGCAUCAAUUUCCUUGACCUAUCUGGGAAUCAGUUAACUGGGCCUGUCCCAAAUGAGAUCGGGAACUGUACAGAGUUGCAGAUGCUGGACCUCAGUUACAACUCACUUGAAGGAGAUCUGCCCAACUCUGUAUCCUCUCUCACUGCCCUUCAGGUCUUUGAUGUUUCCUCAAAUCAGUUCACUGGUUCCAUUCCAGCAAGUAUUGGUCGUCUUGCUUCAAUGAAUAAGCUCAUUCUCAGUAGGAACUCAUUCUCUGGAUCAAUACCUCCAUCAAUUGGCCUCUGUUCAAAUCUCCAAUAUCUUGAUCUUAGCAGUAAUGGACUCUCUGGCAAUAUCCCAACUGAAUUGUGUCAGAUAGAGGGUCUUGGCAUUGCUCUCAAUCUUAGUGGAAAUGCACUUACGGGGCCAAUUCCAAACCAGAUAUCAUCACUAAACAAGCUCUCCAUCCUUGAUCUCUCACAUAAUAAGCUUGAGGGAGACUUGACCCCGCUUGCUGGGCUUCAGAAUCUUGUCUCUCUGAACAUCUCCUACAACAAUUUCACCGGUUAUCUUCCUGAUAACAAGCUAUUCCGGCAGUUAUCGGCGACUGAGUUGGGUGGGAAUCAAGACUUGUGUGCUAGGGGCAGGGACUCUUGUUUCUUGAGCAAUGUUGCUGGGAUGCAAAUGACAAGCACCGACUUGGCUCGGUCGCGAAAGUUCAAGUUGGUAAUUGUAUUGCUGAUCACAUUGACAGUGGUGAUGAUGAUCCUUGGAAUAAUUGCAGUGAUUCGGGCUCGUAGGGUUAUCAGAGAUGAUGAUGAUUCGGAGAUGGGGGGAGAGUCUUGGCCUUGGCGAUUCACUCCAUUUCAGAAGCUGAACUUCACUGUUGAUCAAGUAUUGAGAUGUCUUGUGGAUGCUAAUGUGAUUGGGAAGGGCUGUUCUGGGGUGGUAUAUCGUGCAGAUAUGGACAAUGGUGAAGUGAUUGCAGUGAAGAAGCUAUGGCCAAACACAAUGGCAGCGGCCAAUGACGAUGACAGGUGCAGUAUUCGCGAUUCUUUUUCGGCGGAGGUGAAGACAUUGGGUUCUAUCCGUCACAAGAGCAUUGUUAGGUUCUUGGGUUGCUGCUGGAAUCGGAACACAAGACUGCUAAUGUACGACUACAUGCCCAAUGGGAGCUUGGGUAGUCUCCUCCAUGAGAGGAGUGGUGGUAGCUUGGAGUGGGAUUUGAGGUACCAGAUUGUGCUGGGAGCUGCACAAGGCCUGGCUUACUUACACCAUGAUUGUGUCCCUCCCAUUGUUCAUAGGGACAUCAAAGCCAACAAUAUCCUCAUUGGUCUUGAAUUCGAGCCAUACAUUGCCGAUUUCGGGCUGGCUAAGCUCGUCGAUGACAGAGAUUAUGCCCGAUCGUCCAAUACAGUCGCUGGUUCAUAUGGGUACAUUGCUCCUGAAUAUGGAUACAUGAUGAAGAUCACAGAGAAGAGUGAUGUCUACAGUUAUGGAGUUGUUGUAUUGGAAGUGUUAACAGGGAAGCAACCCAUUGAUCCAACAAUACCUGAUGGGCUCCAUGUAGUAGACUGGGUGAGGCAGAGGAGGGGAGGAAUUGAGGUUCUUGACCCCAGUCUAAGUGCCCGGCCUGAGUCAGAGGUGGAGGAGAUGAUGCAGGCAUUAGGUGUGGCCUUAUUAUGUGUAAAUCCUUCCCCAGAUGAAAGACCAACCAUGAAAGACGUCGCGGCGAUGCUCAAGGAGAUCAGACAUGAGAGAGAGGAGUACGCAAAGGUAGAUGCACUACUCAAAGGAUCUCCAGUGGCUGAUCAUCAAGGUAACAACAAUGGAACAGGCCCAACAACUUCAUCAUCCACCACACCAAAGCCUUGCUCAUUCCCACAAAGCAACAACACCAGCUUCUCUGCAUCCUCACUCCUGUACUCAUCGUCCUCCAUUGCCAAAAUGGUCUUCAAAUGAUUUAAUAAUUACAGUUUAGAUACUUCUCAACACAAGAUGCUUGUCUUCUCCAUCCUCUCCCUCAGUAUUUCUCAUUUCCAUAAUCUCUUGAUGUAAAGAAGAAAACUUGACCAUUUCUUAAUGAAAAGUAGAACAACAAAUGAAGCCAAUGGUUGCAGUUUGGUUUUUGAAUA